GAAAAGAGUGAAGCAGAAGCAGAGAAAAGGGCAGAUAAUGAUGGUGAAAUGCGCCACAGCCCCUCCCGGCGAAGUUCAGCUCUUCCAAACUCUCACUGAUCUUGAACAACUGGCCGAAACCUGUCGUUUCAAGGCCUGGUUCUUAGAUCAAUUUGGAGUCCUUCACAAUGGCAAACAACCUUAUCCUGGUGCAAUUUCAACAUGCAUGUUCCCAUCUAGAAAUAAUUUUUUUCUCUGCUUGACGGUAGAAAAAUUGGCAACCAAUGGCACCAAGAUGGUGAUUAUUAGUAAUUCACCAAGAUGUGCAUCAACAACAAUGACCAAAAUGAAGAGCCUUGGAUUUGAUCCCUCUUUCUUUGAAGGAGCCAUCACCAGUGGGGAAUUAACGCAUCAAUACUUGCAAAGGUUUGCUAAUUUUCCUGUUAUGGUUUGUGCUGUGGAAAUGUCACCUUCUCCAUUUGUUAUGGAUGCUGGAUAGUCUUUUCAUGAUGAAAUUGUUAGGCUAUUUCGCUAUUUGUGUCACUGGUCGUCAAAAAUAGGUAUUAUUUCAAUAGGCAUUUUAUAAUUAGACCCAAUUUUUGGGUUAGCAACUUGUGUAUAUUCAGUUGUUGAUCUAAGACUACUCAAUGUAAUGUUCAUAUUUUAGAAAGAGCCAACUAUUAAUUCAAUUAUGUUCCUAAAAGGAAAAAGAAAGAAAGAAAAAUCAUUUAUUUAU